UCGGUACACUACUGUAAGUGCUCUGCUGAGAGGGGACUCACAUUCACGGGAGAAAAUAAUGAGACGGCGCCAGGGGUUGAGAAUGAUGGCAAGAGAGAAAAUAGUGUGUCUCGUGUGAUAUUACUGUACUGGGAGAAGAGGUCAGAUCUGCUUUCUCUGACAGACAAACAAAAGGACGAGAAGCGAACGACACAUUGAGUACUUAACUUCACAUGCACACUUUGGGAUUCUCUCAGCAACAGCUUUGAAUGUUUCGAAUUUAAAGGAGAAAUACAAAAUACUGUACGAAAAGAAAAUGGAAACAGACUCGAGAAAAAAGGGCUUUACCAAGGGCAGAAGUGCUACUUUUAGCAUCGAUGGAUUCAGCUUCACUAUUGUGGCUAAUGAGGAUGGUGAAACAAACAGGCCACUGGCAAGAUUUGCACGAUCAAAGUCUCAAAAUGCACUAUGGAGCUCGCUCACAGCUGGGACCGGAAAAAAGGAAAAGGUCAAAGUUCAGAGCGAUAUUCCAGAUGAUCCACACAGAAUAGAAGAGAUCCUGGCCGAUGAGCUUCCUUUAGAUGGUCCAGAUGCUACGGAAAAAACGGCUGUCAGAUUGCGAUGUUUGGUGAAACAGUUGGAGAGGGGAGAGGCGUCUCUCGUAGACCUGAAGAAAAACCUGGAAUAUGCUGCUUCUGUUUUGGAGUCAGUCUACAUUGAAGAAACAAGGCGAUUGGUCGAUACAGAGGAUGAGCUCAGUGAUAUCCAAUCAGAUUCUGUGCCAUCAGAGGUCCGCGAUUGGCUGGCCUCCACCUUCACGCGCCAAAUGGGGCUGAUGCUCAGAAGGACGGAGGAAAAGCCUCGAUUUCGCAGCAUCGUUCACGCUGUACAGGCUGGGAUCUUCGUGGAGAGAAUGUACAGGAGAACCUCUAAUAUGGUGGGACUCAGUUACCCUCCACCUGUUAUAGCAGUGCUUAAGCAUGUGGAUAAAUGGUCAUUCGAUGUGUUUGCUCUGAAUGAUGCGAGCGGCGACCACUCGCUCAAAUUCAUCUUCUAUGAGCUUCUCACCAGAUAUGAUCUCAUCACACGCUUCAAGAUUCCUGUUUCAGCGCUGGUCUCAUUUGUUGAGGCUGUUGAAGUUGGUUACAGCAAACAUAAAAACCCCUAUCACAACCUGAUGCACGCAGCCGAUGUCACCCAGACUGUACAUUACCUGCUGCUCAAGACAGGGAUGGUGCACUGGAUGACAGAGUUGGAGAUUUUGGCGAUGAUUUUCGCUGCAGCCAUCCAUGACUAUGAACACACGGGAACCACAAACAACUUCCACAUUCAGACCAGGUCAGACGCGGCCAUCCUGUACAACGAUCGCUCUGUGCUGGAGAGUCAUCACGUCAGCGCUGCGUAUCGACUUCUGCAGGACGAUGAUGAGAUGAACAUCCUGUGCAACCUCUCUAAAGACGACUGGAGAGAGCUCAGGGCACUGGUGGUGGAGAUGGUUUUAGCUACAGACAUGUCCUGCCACUUUCAACAAGUCAAAGCCAUGAAGAAUUUCCUUCAACAGCCCGAGGGAAUUGACAAACCCAAGGCUCUGUCUUUGCUGUUACACACCGCUGACAUCAGUCAUCCGGCCAAAAACUGGGAGCUACAUCAUCGCUGGACCACAUCACUGCUGGAAGAGUUUUUCAGACAGGGCGAUAAGGAGGCAGAACUGGGUUUGCCUUUUUCACCUCUGUGCGACCGCAAGUCUACAAUGGUUGCUCAGUCUCAGAUUGGGUUUAUCGACUUCAUUGUCAUUCCCACGUUUACGGUUCUAACGGACAUGACGGAGAAGAUCGUCACUCCGCUCAUCGACGAGGCGUCAAAUUCAGGCCUCGCUGGAUUUCGCAGUUUGACUGCAGCAGAUGUGAAGCGGGACAGUGUGAACAGUUCAGGUUCUGACGGCAGCACCUCUCUGCUCUGUGUGGACCUGAACCACUUCAAAGCCAUCUGGACUGAGGAGGUCUCUCGCAACAGAGAACGAUGGAAGGCUAAAGCAGAUAAAGAAACUGAAGAGAAAACCAAACGAGAGACUGAAGAACAGCAGGGGACAACAGCAGAAAACAGCCAACAAAACAAAGACCCACAGCCUCCAGCAACCAAACAAGACGGGGUGGCUGAGGACGACCCGGGGGGAGUGACCGGACCUCCGGAAGAAAGUCUUCAUCGUAAAGACCCAUCAGAGGAACACAUAAAAGAACAGAAAUUACAGAAUGGUGAAGUGUCUCAAGAGUCAGAAUCACCCACAUAUGAAGAGAAGAGAACACUUGAUGAAACUGCCUAAUGGGGUUUCAAGUCUGACAUUCAGAUGUAAUGCGAAAGCUAAAGGAGGAGAACGCUCGACUCUGCAGGUACACAGCACCCUCUAGUGGACAUAGCUAAUGAUCGCAUCGCUUCAUGUUCGGCCACAAUCUUCUCCAAAGCCUUUAUCUCCAGACUUUAUAAAGAUUUAUGUCUUAUAAUGAAGGUUUUGACUGAUGGUACAACAGGCAAUUUUCCUUCAUAAUCCUUUAGAGAGCAGUGAAGGACUCUGCUCGAUGGAAAGUGUGAAACAGUUAAAGUUCAGAAAUUUGGUUUCUUUUUUUUAUAAAAACAAAAGAUAAGAAAAUGCCUUUAUUUGUAAUUAGGCUAUAUGUGACCCUGGACCACAAAACCAGUCAUAAGCACGGGUAUAUUUGUAGUAAUAGCCAACAAUACUUUGUAUCAAGAUUAUCUAUUUUUUUUAACCAAAAAUCAUUAGGAUAUUAACCCUUAUUUAAUGUUGGGGAUGUUUUCAUCCACGUUUGAGUUUAAUUUGGCCAUAACUUUCUCCGUGUUUCAGCAAAUGGAAUGAUUUUGGUGAGAAAUCUUAUAUCGACACAUAUUUUGGAAAUGUUUUGAAAUUUUUUAAAAAGCUCAACAAUACACCGUUGGCAAAUUUACAAACCUUUCGUUAUGUUUGUGGACAAAAAGCCACUAAAUUAAAUUGCUGUAAAAAUCAGAUAAAUAUUUUUUAUAUUUAUUUUAACAUAAAUCUGUUCAUCAAAUUUAAUCCUGAUCAAAACUACUAAAUGUUUACAAAAAAACCUGGGAUUUUAACUCUUUAAUUGCCAAGCUCAUAAAUGAUGUCACCGAUUUGAGGGGGGAAACUGAUUUUCAAUUUAAAAAGUGAUAUUUUUACCUUUUAUCACAGUCUUUUAUAUUGAAAAUAUGUCAUUUUGUGUGUUUUUCUUCAAAGCAGUGACAUCAUUUAUGAACUUGGCAAUUAAAGAGUUAAAAUUCUGGAGUUUUUAUAUACAUUUUCUAGUUUUGAUCAGGACUAAGGUUGAUUAAAAGAUUUAUGGAAAAAAAAGAAAAAAAAUACUACUUAUAAUAAUAAUAAUCUGAUACAUUUUUACAGCCGUAUAAUUUUGUGGUUGUUUUCAUCCCGAACAACAGGAAAGUGUAGUAAAUUUGAAAAAUGCACAAGGGUUAAGAUCAUUUCCAUGAAGAUAUUUAACAAAUUUCCUACAGUAAAUAUAUAAAAAAUGUAUUUAUCCUUAGUAAUAUGUGUUGUUAAGGAUUUCAUUUAGACAAAUUUAAAAGUGAUUUUAUUAAUAUUUUGAUUUUUUUCACCUCAGAUUCCAGAUUUUUAAAUAGUUCAAAUAUCGUCAUAUCCUAACAAACAGUACAUAAAUGGAAAGCUUAUUUAUACAUUUCAAUUUCAAAACAUUGACCCUUGUGGUUUUGUGGUCAAGGAUCACAUAUACAGUGGGUACGGAAAGUAUUCAGACACCUUUACAUUUUUACUCUUUGUUUCAUUUGCUAAAAUCAAAAAAGUUUAUUUUAUUUCUCAUCAAUGUACACUCAGCACCUCAUCUUGGCAGAAAAAAACAGACAUUUAGAAAUUUUAGCAAAUGUAUAAAAAAACCACAGAAAUCAUGGUCAUAAGUAUCACCUGCCCAAUACAAUCCCAACAGUGAAACAUGGUGAUAUUACAGUUUUUUAUAUAUAUAUAAAUUUGCAAACAUUUCUACAUGUUUGUUUUUUUCUGGUAAGAUGGGGUGUUGAGUGUACAUUAAUGAAAAAUGAAAUGAACUUGAUUUUAGCAAAUGGCUCCAAUGAAACAAGCAGCGAAAAAGGGGUCCUAAUACUUUCUGUACCCACUGUAAACAAAUGCUUCAAUGUCUUUAUUAAUCGGAUCAACCUUGUAAAUGAUUCUUAUGUCAUGUAUGAAACAAUAGUUCAUAACUAAAUAUUAGGGGAGAGCGGGGGACAACCUAACGCUUUUUGGUUUUGGUUCAAUCGUUCAAAAAAUAUUUAAGUUUGAUUAAUUAUAUCUUUACACAAGGAACACACACAUCUCUGCUACAAAUGAUCAUUUGAAGUUUGUUUCUAGCACUUACCAUUCUUGGACAAUUACACCAAAUGAAACAGAAGUGCAAACGUUACAACUUCCCCCAUAGGUGGGGUGAAUUGUAACAGGCAGGGGGUUAGUUGUAACACUUGCUAAAAAUAAAGUUUGCAGGCAAAUAUUUCAAUACUAUUUUGUCUAUAUACUUGAAGUGGAUAUUGUUUAUAUAUCUGUCUAUAAUAGACAGGUAUCCACAGUGUAUUCAUUCAUCCAGCCCUUUUCUAACAAUAGUUCAAUUAUAAAAGGAUACAAAUGUGGAAAUAUGUGAGAAAAAGCAGCACAAUUAUGACAAAACAUUUUUUUAUAUGUGACCCAGUUUGUAAUAACCAUACUACAGUUCCAAAAUCAAAUUCUGAGAUAAUGAAAAUCAAAGUCUGAUUUUAGCCAUUCAUUUCAUUAUGAUUUCAAUCUUUGACGUGACCUUAUUCAAUCAAUAUUAAAUAUAUGAAUAAAAAUAAAUUUGACACACCAUUUUUGAUAAGACAGGCACAUUUAUUUUGUUGUUCACCAGCAAUCAUUUGUGUGUAGCCUAUUUAAAACAAUGGCAAGAAUUACGCUAACAUUAGCGGUUUUUAUAUCGUAACUGCUGAGGGGUUAGUUGUAACACAGUGUUACGAUUAACCCCGCUGGGUCAAAAUAUUUUCAAGCCCCCCAAAAAAGUUGCUAAGAGCUGCAGACAUAUUUCAAAACGAUGCUAUGUUUUAGUCAACAAGACACUGAUUAAUAUGACAUAGCAUUGGAUUUGAUAUCUUACACACCCAACUUAGAAACUGAAAAAAAAAACAUAUAAUGAAAAAAUUUACUUGCAUGCCACCAAAACACUUCAUCAAUAACUCUUUGGAAAAACAUUAUACAUUUACAAUAGCAGCGUGAAAAAAAUACCGGAAAAACAAAACACCCAACUUUGUGCAACAAUGUAAACAGUCCGUGUUACAACUAACCCCGCGUUAGUUUUUGCCCCGCGCACCCCCAUAUAUACAGUAUGUAUAACUACAGAUAUUUGGUUAGACCUAUUUAGAAUGACAUCUACCGAUACCUACAGAUACGGAUAGUUUUGAUUUUUAAUUCUCGUUUCAAAUUAUUAUGUCAUGAAAUCCCUGAGCGUACAAAUUGCAACUGUAUUGUCAUUGUGACCCAAAUGAAAAUAAUUACACAGUAUGAGUUUAGUUGUGUUUUGAUUAUCAGGAUAUAAUCUACAAUCAGCCGAUGUCCGAUAGUAGAAAAAAAGCUUUUAUACCAAUCCCGAUUAUAUAGGCCGAUAUAUCGGUGCAUCCCUAUAACUGCUAUACUAUAUAGAUAUAAAUAUUGAUUGGGACGUUAAUAUUCAAAAACGUCCCCAAUCUAUAAAUAUACCUGUGAAUAUCUGCUUUCUGGCCUGAGAAUGCAAUGAUGUUUUUUUAAAUGCGCUUUGCUGUGGUAUCCCUGCAUUGACUGAACGACCAACAUUGUUUGCUUGCAGCACAUUGAUUGCGAAUAGAGGUUGUGUACAUGAAACCCUGAAUGUGUAUAUGUAUUAUUACUGUAAAUGAAAAUGGGCGUUUAGAUCAGAGCUUUUGUACUUGAGAAGAGCUGUAUGAAGUAUUUCAAGCAUGUUUAUGUUCUCAGCUGUCCAAUAGAAAAGGCCUGACACCACCUCUCGGUUUCGCUGGCCUACAAAUGCCUUCCUCUUUUUCGAUGUAAUCUUUCUGAAAUACUUGUCAGUGUAGACCAUAAACCAUAUCACUGUGUUUAUCUCGCAAUACCAUACAAAAGAAAUCCUAGUUUUGUGACUGAAAUAACUCUUAGUCUAGUUUACCGAUCUCACCUGGUACAGUUACCAAACUUUCCUGUAAAGCAGAUUAAAUGAUUUAUAAACAUAUAUAAUAAUAUAAUGUAAAUGCGUUCAUAACCGGGUCUGUUGAUCUGAACGUCUCCUGUCAAAAGGAAACAUUUUAUUUUUAUCUGUCUUUUUUUUUAAGAAAGGGUGUUGCAGGAUUAGAUAUGUGAGAGAUUAAUCUCACAAUCUGCUGUCGAGUAUAAAGUAAAUGUUUAACUUCUGAAUUGUAUUAUUAUUUUUAAAUACAAUCUUGUCAAAUUCUUUGUUGAACUGCAUAUUUUUUUUUACCAAUAAAAUGAUGAACUUUGUUAAUUUCCCUGAUAAAAUGAUAGCAGAUGAAGAUACAGAUUGAAAUGAAACUGUUACUUUAUUACACAAGUCACUUCAUUUUGUUUGUUUACCGUUUGGCUUUUCAAUUUCUUCCUGUGACUUCAGACUCGAUAUGUUAUAUUGGGUUGAGUGAUUGUGACAGCAUGUGUAUGUGUGUGUGCGUGCGUGCGUGCGUGUGUGUGUGUGUGUGUGUGUGUGUGCGCAUGAGCAGAUCAUGAUGAGUUUGUAAAAGUUGACACUGUGAUCUUUCGUGUGAUCUUUCGGUCUCCAUGAUUUCUGUUUUGAAGCAGACAGAGAGAGACACACCAAUAAACAUGAACUUA